UCCCGACCUACACCCGGAUGCUGCGCGCCCUGCCCCGCGUCCCAUGGCCCCAGCGCCCCUGGAAGCCCUUUCUUGCCCGCGGAUGGGCUUCCGACGGGGCGACCGGGGGACCCGAGAUUCAAGUGCGCGCCCUGGCGGGACCCGACCAAGGAAUCACUGAGAUUCUGAUGAACAGACCACGAGCCCGAAAUGCCCUGGGGAAUGUCUUGGUCGGUGAGCUGCUGGAAGCUCUGGCCUGUCUGCGGCAGGACCAACAGGUGCGUGUCUUGCUCUUCAGAAGUGGCGUGAAGGGUGUGUUCUGUGCAGGUGCAGACCUGAAGGAACGGGAGCAGAUGAGUGAGGCAGAGGUGGAGGUCUUUGUCCAGAGGCUCCGAGGCCUGAUGAAUGACAUUGCAGCCUUUCCUACACCCACCAUUGCAGCUAUGGAUGGGUUUGCCUUGGGUGGGGGCCUGGAGCUGGCCCUGGCUUGUGACCUCCGAGUGGCAGCUUCUUCGGCUGUCAUGGGGCUGAUCGAGACUACCCGAGGGCUCCUCCCAGGGGCAGGAGGGACCCAGCGGCUGCCCCGCUGCCUGGGGGUGGCACUGGCGAAGGAGCUCAUCUUCACUGGCCGCCGACUAAGUGGGGCGGAGGCCCAGGCGCUGGGGUUGGUGAACCACUCUGUGGCCCAGAAUGAAGAAGGCAAUGCAGCCUACCACCGGGCACGAGCACUGGCCCAGGAGAUCCUGCCCCAGGCCCCUGUUGCUGUGCGGCUGGGCAAAGUGGCCAUUGAUCGAGGAAUGGAGGUUGACAUUGCUUCAGGGAUGGCCAUUGAAGGGAUGUGCUAUGCCCAGAAUAUCCCAACCCGGGACCGACUGGAAGGCAUGGCAGCCUUCAGGGAGAAGCGCCUCCCAAGAUUUGUUGGUGAAUGA